UCUUCCCCAAAUUUAAACCCUACUCUCUCCAAUCUCUCUACCAUUCAAAAGAAGCCGUUGGCGCGUUUUAGCUGCAAAAACAUCAAAAGGCAAGGAGAAAUGAAGAGAAAAGCAGAAAAUGGAGAGGAGCAGAUUGCCGAUGCUCAAAACCAAAACCAGCAGCAGCAGCUGAAGGAGAAGAAGAAGAAGAAGAAGAAGAAGCUGAAGAACGAGGCGGAGGAGAAUAAACAGAUACCAACAGUGAGCAUAGCUGUCGCAGGCUCCAUCAUCGAUAAUGCUCAAUCCUUCGAACUCGCCACUCGUUUGGCUGGUCAGAUUGCCCGUGCUGCCACCAUUUUCCGCGUCGAUGAGGUCAUUGUAUUUGAUAACAAAGCUACCUCAGCAGAUGAUUCUGGUGUAACAGAAGCAGAAGAUACAGAUGCCAAUGAAAGUGGUGCACCAUUUCUAAUAAGGCUUUUGCAAUAUCUUGAGACACCACAAUACCUACGUCGCAGCCUGUUCCCAAAACAUUCCAGCUUAAUAUUCGUGGGAAUUUUGCCUCCCCUUGAUGCUCCUCACCAUCUCCGGAAGCAUGAAUGGGCUCCAUACCGUGAAGGUAUAACACUUAAAGCAAAACCUCCAAAUUCUACGGGAACACUUGUUGAUGUUGGGUUAAAUAAGAAUGUCGUGGUUGAGGAAGAACUUGAACCUGGACUGCGUGUCACUGUAGCCGUGGGAACCAACCGCCAUUUGGAAACAGAUUGUUUGCGAAAAGUGGUGCCCUCCUCCAAGCCUAGGGAAGAAUUGGGCCAGUAUUGGGGGUAUAAAGUGCGAUACGCAUCCAAUGUCAGUCAUGUGUUCAAUGGCUGCCCGUACGAGGGUGGGUAUGAUCAUACAAUUGGAACUUCAGAGCAUGGCCGCAUUGUUAAUUCAUCAGAGCUUGUUAUACCUGCAUUCAGGCACUUGUUGAUUGCUUUUGGGGGACUCAGUGGCCUGGAAGAGAACAUUGAAGAGGAUAGUAACUUGAAGGGUAAGGAUGUUCGCAAGGUCUUCGAUUCUUAUUUGAAUACAUGUCCCCAUCAAGGGAGUAGAACAAUUCGAACUGAGGAAGCUAUAUUCAUAUCCCUACAAUACUUCCAGGAACCAAUUGAGCGGGCCAAGCAGAGAUUCAAAGAGACAUUACAAACCAGAGGUGACGAAUUGCCUCAUUAAGACCCUACAUAUGGUUGCCUGUUGCACUCCACAGGCGCCAAUUAGUUUGGUCAUAACUUUCAUGUUCAAUCAUUCUCUUCAAGACUCUUUGGGGACAGUGCUUGAUAAAGACGUAAAUUGAUCCCUCAUCUAUCAUUGCCAUGCAUUGAUCCAGCAGGUCCCACGCUAAAGAGAUGGGACUCAAAUUGAUAUUGGACGUUGUAUUACUGCCUACUCUUAGCAUCAAGGUUGGGCCUCGGCUUAAAGACUGUUGGUCUCUUGCAUCAGGUCAUUUUCUUC